GGGCCGGGCCGCCGCGCGGAGGUGCUGGGCGCGCGCGGCGCCCCCUCCCUGCGCCCUGCCCGAGCCGCCGCCGCCGCCGCGAUGAAUUCGGCCGAGCAGACCGUUACGUGGCUCAUCACCCUCGGGGUGCUCGAGUCGCCCAAGAAGACCAUCUCGGACCCGGAGGUCUUCCUGCAGGCGUCGCUCAAGGAUGGGGUGGUGCUCUGCCGGCUGCUGGAGCGCCUGCUCCCCGGGACCAUCGAGAAAGUGUACCCGGAGCCGCGGACCGAGAGCGAGUGCCUGAGCAACAUCCGCGAGUUCCUGCGCGCCUGCGGGGCCUCCCUGCGCCUGGAGACAUUCGACGCAAAUGACUUAUAUCAGGGGCAGAAUUUCAACAAGGUCCUCACUUCCUUAGUGACUCUAAAUAAAGUAACAGCAGACAUUGGACUGGGAAGUGAUUCUGUGUGUGCUCGACCCUCUUCGCAUCGGAUAAAGUCUUUUGAUUCUCUGGGAUCCCAGCCUUCACACAGUCGGACUUCAAAAUUGUUCCAGGGCCAGUACCGGAGUUUGGACAUGACUGAUAACAGCAACAGUCAGCUGGUCGUGCGAGCCAAGUUUAACUUCCAGCAGACCAACGAAGACGAGCUGUCCUUCACCAAGGGCGACGUCAUCCAUGUCACUCGGGUGGAGGAAGGAGGCUGGUGGGAGGGCACCCACAACGGCAGGACCGGCUGGUUCCCCAGCAACUACGUGCGCGAGAUCAAGCCCAGUGAAAAGCCAGUGUCACCCAAAUCGGGAUCGCUGAAGAGCCCUCCCAAAGGGUUUGAUACAACUGCCAUCAACAAGAGCUAUUACAACGUGGUGCUACAGAAUAUCCUAGAAACAGAAAAUGAGUAUUCCAAGGAGCUGCAGACCGUGCUGUCCUCCUACCUGCGGCCCCUGCAGACCAGUGAGAAGUUAAGCUCAACAAACACUUCAUAUUUAAUGGGAAACCUAGAGGAGAUAUGUUCUUUCCAACAAACACUUGUACAGUCUUUGGAAGAAUGCACCAAGUCCCCCGAGGCCCAGCAGAGAGUCGGAGGCUGUUUCCUGAGCCUUAUGCCACAGAUGAGAACCCUGUACCUCGCCUACUGUGCCAACCACCCGUCUGCCGUCAGCGUCCUCACAGAGCACAGCGAGGACCUAGGGGAGUUCAUGGAGACGAAGGGUGCCAGCAGCCCUGGAAUCCUCGUGCUGACCACCGGCCUCAGCAAGCCCUUCAUGCGCCUGGACAAGUACCCCACCCUGCUGAAGGAGCUGGAGAGACACAUGGAGGAGUAUCAUCCUGAUAGACAAGAUAUUCAGAAAUCUAUGACUGCCUUCAAAAACCUUUCAGCCCAGUGUCAAGAAGUACGAAAAAGGAAAGAGCUCGAGCUGCAGAUUCUGACGGAAGCCAUCCGGAACUGGGAGGGAGACGACAUCAAGACUCUGGGCAAUGUCGUGUACAUGUCCCAGGUCAUGAUUCAGUGUGCGGGAAGCGAGGAAAAGAAUGAGAGAUACCUUCUGCUCUUCCCAAACCUUUUACUAAUGUUGUCUGCCAGCCCCAGGAUGAGUGGUUUCAUCUAUCAGGGAAAGCUACCAACGACAGGAAUGACAAUCACAAAGCUUGAGGACAGCGAAAACCAUAGGAACGCGUUUGAGAUAUCAGGGAGCAUGAUCGAGCGGAUACUGGUGUCUUGCAACAACCAGCAGGACCUCCACGAAUGGGUGGACCACCUGCAGAAGCAGACGAAGGUCACCGCCAUGGGCAACCCCACCAUCAAGCCCCACUCGGUGCCGUCCCAUACCCUCCCCUCCCACCCCAUCCCUCCAUCCAGCAAACACGCAGACAGUAAGCCCGGGGCGCUGGCGCCCGCCUACCACACGCUCCCCCACCCCUCCCACCACGGCACCCCGCACACCACCAUCAGUUGGGGACCCCUGGAGCCUCCGAAGACCCCCAAGCCGUGGAGCCUGAGCUGCCUGCGGCCCGCACCGCCCCUCCGGCCCUCGGCUGCUCUCUGCUACAAGGAGGACCUCAGUAAGAGCCCCAAGACCAUGAAGAAGCUGCUGCCCAAGCGCAAGCCGGAGCGGAAGCCCUCGGAUGAGGAGUUCGCCCUGCGCAAGAGCACGGCUGCCCUGGAAGAAGACGCUCAGAUUCUGAAAGUCAUCGAAGCCUACUGCACAAGCGCCAAAACGCGGCAGACGCUGAAUUCCACAUGGCAAGGCACUGACCUGAUGCAUAAUCACGUCUUGGCUGAUGACGACCAAUCAAGUCUAGACUCCUUGGGUCGUCGCAGUAGCCUUUCCCGUUUGGAGCCCUCUGACCUCUCGGAAGACUCUGAGUCUGACAGUAUAUGGACAGCCUAUAGUUACAGAAUGGGCUCCGCAUCUCGCUCACGCAAAGAGUCCGCCCCGCAAGUCUUGCUUCCAGAAGAAGAGAAAAUAAUCGUCGAAGAAACUAAAAGUAACGGUCAGACAGUGAUGGAGGAAAAGAGCCUCGUGGACACCGUGUACGCAUUGAAGGAUGAAGUGCAGGAGCUGCGGCAGGAUAACAAGAAGAUGAAGAAGUCUUUGGAAGAGGAGCAGAGGGCCCGCAAAGACCUGGAAAAGCUGGUGCGGAAGGUUCUGAAGAACAUGAACGACCCUGCUUGGGAUGAGACCAAUCUCUAAGGCUGACGGUCCUCGAGGGCCGAAGCCCCGCUCCCGGGCGAGCCAGGCGGGGCGGCGGCGAGGGCGGAGGGGCGCC